GGACGUUGACAAGUGGAUCCAAGAUGGCGCAGAAAGUAAUGACAGGAAUGGAUGAAGUAAUAGAGCAUUAAUGAACUACAGUACUGGUGAGAUGCGUAAGAAAUUUUAAAGAGCUCUGAUGGGCUAUUUGGGUGAUACCCAGUGCAGUGAACUGCAGGAUUUUUGUCCCUGAGUCAUGGAAGACAGAAGAGCUGAGAAGUCAUGUGAACAAGCGUGUGAAUCACUGAAGAGGCAAGACUAUGAGAUGGCCCUCAAGCACUGCACAGAGGCCCUCCUCUCUCUCGGCCAGUACUCCGUGGCUGACUUCGCAGGGCCAUGUCCCCUGGAGGUAGAAAGUAUUAAGAUCGAGAGUCUUCUUUACAGAAUCGCCUCGUUUCUGCAACUGAAAAACUAUGGACAAGCUGAUGAAGAUUGUAGGCAUGUUCUGGGAGAAGGUCUGUCCAAGGGAGACGGUGCUUUCCGGGCAGUGCUUUGCUGCAUGCAACUGAAAGGGAAGCUCCAACCUGUGUCCAGCAUUCUCGCCAAGUCACUGACGGGAGAGUCCCUGAAUGGGAUGGUAACAAAAGAUUUAACAAGAUUAAAAACACUUCUCACAGAAACAGAGACAUCAACUAGUAAUGUCAUCACUGGAUAUCAUGUGGAAGACUUAGAAGAGGGCUCUUGUAAUGGUUGGCAUUUCCGCCCCCCACCCAGGGGAAUCACAAGCAGCGAGGAGUAUACUUUAUGUAAAAGAUUUCUAGAGCAAGGAGUCUGUAGGUACGGUGCCCAGUGUACUUCAGCACAUUCCCAGGAAGAACUAGCAGAAUGGCAAAAAAGAUAUGCUUCACGGUUGAUAAAAUUGAAACAGCAAAAUGAGAAUAAACAGCUUUCAGGCAGUUACAUGGAAAGCCUGAUAGAAAAGUGGAUGAAUUCAUUAUCUCCUGAGAAAGUGCUUAGUGAAUGUCUAGAAGGAGUAAGGGUAGAGCAUAAUCCCGAGCUGUCGGUUACUGUCAACACCAAGAGAUCUCACCAGACAUGGACCUUUGCUCUUACUUGUAAGCCUGCAAGAAUGCUGUGCCGCGUAGCAUUGCUUUAUGAUGCUCAUCGUCCUCAUUUUAGUAUCAUUGCAAUAUCUGCCGGAGAUAGUACUACCCAGGUAUCACAAGAAGUCCCCGAAAACUGUCAAGAAUGGAUAGGAGGCAAAAUGACCCAAAAUGGAUUAGAUCAUUACGUGUAUAAAGUCGGGAUAGCAUUUAACACAGAAAUAUUUGGAACUUUUCGCCAAACCAUAGUUUUCGACUUUGGAUUGGAACCAGUGCUCAUGCAAAGAGUAAUGAUUGAUGCAGCUUCUACAGAAGAUCUUGAAUACCUGAUGCACGCGAGACAGCAGCUUGUAACCACAGCUAAGCGCUGGGAUUCUUCUUCUAAGACUAUUGUAGAUUUUGAGCCUAAUGAAACUACUGAUUUGGAGAAGAGCCUUCUUAUCAGAUACCAAAUUCCUCUCUCUGCUGACCAGCUCUUUACCCAGUCUGUUUUAGACAAAUCAUUGACCAAGACCAACUAUCAGUCACGGUUGCAUGACCUUCUUUAUAUUGAGGAGAUUGCCCAGUAUAAAGAAGUCAGCAAGUUCAACCUCAAAGUGCAGUUGCAGAUUCUUGCAAGCUUCCUGCUCACUGGAGUCUCUGGAGGUGCAAAGUAUGCUCAGAAUGGACAGCUUUUUGGUCGCUUUAAGCUUACUAAAACACUUUCUGAAGAUACUUUGGCUGGACGGCUUGUGAUGACCAAAGUCAAUGCUGUUUAUUUAUUACCAGUCCCUAAGGAGAAGUUAGUACAGACACAGGGAACCAAAGAGAAGGUUUAUGAAGCUACUAUUGAAGAAAAAACAAAAGAGUAUAUAUUUUUGAGGAUACCCAGGGAAUGCUGUGAAGAAUUAAAUCUUCGGCCCGAUCAUGACACCCAGGUUGAACUCCAAUUUCAAUUAAAUCGGUUACCCCUCUGUGAAAUGCACUAUGCGCUAGACAGGAUCAAGGACAAUGGCGUUUUAUUUCCUGAUAUCACUAUGACUCCAACCAUACCUUGGAGUCCCAACAGACAGUGGGAUGAACAGUUAGAUCCUCGGCUAAAUGCAAAGCAGAAAGAGGCUGUCUUGGCCAUUACAACUCCUCUUUCAAUACAACUGCCUCCUGUUCUCAUCAUUGGGCCCUAUGGGACAGGCAAAACCUUCACUCUCGCUCAGGCUGUCAAGCACAUACUACAGCAGCAGGAGACAAGCAGGAUUCUCAUUUGCACCCAUUCUAAUAGUGCUGCUGACCUCUACAUAAAGGAUUAUUUACAUCCGUAUGUAGAAGCAGGCAAUCCCCAGGCAAGACCUCUCAGGGUUUAUUUCAGAAAUCGCUGGGUAAAGACUGUCCACCCAGUUGUGCAUCAAUACUGUUUGACCUCAAGCGCACACUGCACCUUCCAGAUGCCACAGAGAGAAGAUAUUCUUAAACACCGAGUGGUGGUUGUCACAUUGAGUACUUCCCAGUACCUCUGUCAGUUGGAUCUUGAACAUGGUUUUUUUACGCACAUUCUAUUAGAUGAAGCUGCCCAGGCCAUGGAGUGUGAAACCAUUAUGCCUCUAGCGUUAGCGACUAAGAACACUCGGAUUGUUUUGGCGGGUGAUCACAUGCAGCUAAGUCCUUUUGUUUACAGCGAGUUUGCCCGGGAGAGAAACCUUCACGUCUCGUUGCUUGACCGACUCUACGAGCAUUACCCUGCCGAGUUUCCCUGCAGGAUCCUGCUGUGUGAGAACUACCGCUCCCAUGAAGCUAUCAUCAAUUACACCUCUGAGCUCUUCUAUGAGGGCAAACUGAUGGCCAGUGGAAAGCAGCCAGCACACAAGGAUUUCUACCCACUAACUUUUUUUACAGCACGAGGGGAAGAUGUACAAGAAAAAAAUAGCACAGCUUUUUAUAAUAACGCAGAGGUGUUUGAAGUCGUGGAGCGUGUAGAAGAAUUAAGAAGAAAGUGGCCAGUUGCGUGGGGCAAGUUAGAUGACGGCAGUAUCGGCGUGGUGACUCCUUAUGCCGAUCAGGUCUUCAGGAUACGUGCUGAACUUCGCAAAAAGAGACUGUCUGACGUCAGUGUAGAAAGGGUGCUCAAUGUUCAAGGAAAGCAGUUCAGAGUUUUGUUUCUUAGCACAGUGCGUACGAGGCAUACCUGUAAGCAUAAACAGACCCCAAUUAAAAAGAAAGAGCAACUGCUGGAAGACUCCACUGAGGACUUGGAUUACGGCUUUUUAUCCAACUACAAGCUUCUCAACACUGCCAUUACACGAGCACAAUCCCUGGUUGCUGUGGUGGGUGACCCCAUUGCCCUGUGCUCUAUUGGAAGGUGCAGGAAAUUUUGGGAGCGGUUUAUUGCCCUGUGUCAUGAAAACCACAGCCUACAUGGAAUCACCUUUGAACAGAUCAAAGCUCAGCUUGAGGCCUUAGAACUAAAGAAGACGUAUGUGCUGAAUCCACUGGCGCCUGAGUUUAUCCCCCGGGCCCUGAGACUGCAGCAUUCAGGAAACACAAACAAGCUGCAGCAGUCCCCCCCCAAGGGAAAAAACCUCCAUCAUACUCAAAAUGAUCAUUUCCAGACUGAUGGGAUUGUUCCACCCAGCCCUUCCGUGCUGAUCGGCAGCCCUAUCCGAGCGUAUACUCCUCCACCCCCUCUUGGACCUCACCCGAAUCUGGGGAAGUCUCCAAGCCCUGUUCAAAGACUAGACCCCCACACUGGGACGAGUAUUCUUUAUGUUCCUGCUGUCUAUGGAGGGAAUGUGGUUAUGUCGGUGCCUUUACCUGUACCAUGGACAGGAUACCAGGGUAGGUUUGCAGUUGAUCCGAGAAUAAUUACACAUCAGGCAGCGAUGGCCUACAAUAUGAACCUGUUGCAGACACAUGGACGGGCGUCUCCUGCACCUUACGGCCUUGGGCACCACCCACCUGUUAGCAUAGGGCAAGCACAGCACCAGCUUCAGGAAAAGGAACUACAUGAACAAAGUCGAAAUGGUAAAAGUGACACAAGUAAUCCUGGACCUGAAAUUAAUAAGAUUCGAACACCAGAGAAAAAGCCUACAGAAUCAAAACAGGUUGAUUUGGAAUCAAAUCCACCGAACAGAAGUCCCGAAUCACGUCCCAGUGUUAUUUACCCCAAUACCAAAUUUCAUCGCAAAGAUAAUCUCAACCCAAGGCACCUCAGUCUCCCUCUUCCGGCCCCCCACGCCCAGUACGCGAUCCCUAGCCGGCAUUUCCCCCCUCUCCCCCAGCUCCCCAGGCCACCGUUCCCAGUCCCGCAGCAGCACACUCUGUUAAGUCAACCGCAGCAGCACACUUUGCCUGAGCAGCCCAAUCAAAUGCCGCCCCAGCCGAGUCAGGUAGCCCAGCCGCAGCAGCAGCAGCCGCCGAAUCAGCUGGCCCAGCAGCCACCGCCUCAACUUUCUCCUGCCUAUCAGGCAGGACCCGGCGGCGCUUUUUUUAACCACGCAGUCUCUCAUCGACCGCAGUCCCCUCCUGCACAGACUGUGCUUCCUGAGCAGCACCCCCCCAUGCUGCAGGAAGGACACGGACACAGUCCUCUGCGAGCCGUCGCGCAGCCUGGCCACAUCCUUCCUGCGCACCUGAAUAACUUCGCUGAUGAGAGCCCUGCAGGGCUGCCGGUGGGGGAGGUUCUGGACCGUAUGCACGGGAGUGUAGCUCUGGAGACUUUACGGCAGCAGCAGAUGCGUUUGCAGCAGUGGAGUGAGCACCAUGCCUAUCUCAGUCAGGGCGGCAUUCCAUACCCGUACCCUCACCUCCAGCAUCUCCCCCAGCCUCCCACUGGAUUGCACCAGACCCCCCUGAGAGCAGACUGGAAGCUUCCCGGCAGUGCUGAAGAGGAAGCAGAAGCAGCGGACUCCAGGUUUCAAGACUUAACCAGAGAACUGUCUAAUCGUGAUCAAAGUGAAACACGGGGACUAGCUGAAAUGCCGCCACCUCAGUCAAGACUUUUGCAAUAUAGACAAAUUCAGACUCGGAGCCCACCAGCAAUCCCAUCUCCCCCGUCCAGCACAGACCACAGUAGCCAUUUUUCUAAUUUUAACGACAGCAGCAGAGACGUUGAAGUAGCCAACAGCCCAGCAUUUCCACAGCGCCUACCCCCCCAGAUAUUCAGCUCACCUUUCUCAUUGCCAUCUGAACACAUUGCCCCUCCUCCCUUGAAAUACCUGGCACCAGAUGGAGCGUGGACUUUUGCCAACUUACAACAGAGUCACCUGAUGGGGCCGGGUUUUCCCUACGGCCUACCUCCACUGCCUCACAGGCCACCGCAGAACCCUUUUGUACAAAUACAGAAUCAUCAACAUGCGAUCGGUCAAGAGCCGUUUCACCCACUGUCAUCUCGAACAGUGUCUUCUUCUUCGCUCCCUAGCUUAGAAGAGUAUGAACCCAGAGGACCUGGCCGGCCCUUGUACCAAAGAAGAAUCUCAUCUAGCUCAGUCCAGCCUUGUUCUGAAGAAGUGAGCACUCCUCAAGACAGUCUUGCUCAGUGUAAAGAGCUGCAGGACCAUAGUAACCAGUCUCCUUUCACUUUUUCAUCCCCGGAGUCCUGGGUAAACACCACCUCAUCUGCCCCCUACCAGAACAUUCCGUGCAAUGGAUCCAGCAGGACAGCUCAGCCCAGGGAGUUGAUCGCUCCGCCCAAGACCGGCAAACCCCCAGAGGAUCAACUCAAGUCUGACAGCCUGGAGGUGUCCAGCUCCUUCAACUACAAUGUGCUGCAGCAUCUCGGCCAGUUUCCCCCCCUCAUGCCCAACAAGCAGCUCGCAGAGUCAGCCCACAGCAGUAGCCAGCAGAGCUCUGGGGGCAGCAAGCCCACCAUGUCCUAUGCCAGUGCUCUGCGGGCCCCGCCCAAGCCCAGGCCCCCCCCUGAGCAGACCAAGAAGAGCAGCGACCCUCUGUCUCUGUUCCAGGAACUUAGCCUGGGCAGCUCGUCAGGCAGCAAUGGCUUUUACUCCUACUUUAAGUGAUCUUUUUUUUUUUCCUCAAGGGAGAAUGUUUUAAUUUGUUUGUAUCAUUAGAAUUAAGAUAGUUGGACUUCAUCUGUAGAUGCACAGUUCCCUUUGUUUGAAUAUUAAAUAUGUUCUCACUUAAUUGCUUUGCUGCUAGACUUGCAACUAAUUUUUAAAAAGUAUAUUCCAUUAUUUCACAUUUUUGACAUGUCAGAAUUUUGACAGCUUUUAUGUAGAAUAAAAAUAUUUUUAAAUUUGUGUAUUGUUAUAUAUGUUUGCAUCAAGCUAGCAGCUAAGAGGUUAAUUGUGCAACUAUUAAAAAAAAGAGAAAAAAAAGUUUGUCUAAAAUGUAUUUAAAAAGAAAAAAAAUUGUAAGUAGCAUUUACAUUUAUCCAAUAAUAUUACCAUAUGCUGGGUUUCUGUACCAGAAAUGGCCAGUUGAUGUACAAAUGUAUGUUAUUUUUGCUUAAAUUCAUUUAAAAUUUUUUAAAAUAAAGGGGCAGCAUCUUCUAAAUACUUUAAGUUUUAUCAGCUUUCCCCCCCUUUUUUUUUGGUGACAGGAUGCUGCAUUCUAAAACUUCUACAGUUUUAGACUAAGUGUGAUGUGCUCUCCACCCCCAUAGGAUGGAGUUAAAGGCAUUCUUUGCAGGUGAUUUUGUAUGUCUUUGUUUUUUUGUAAGGUGAAAAAAAACAUUGGCUUACUUAUUUUUCUGGACAAGCUGGACUCCAAGCUUGUUUUUAAUGUUAAUUUGAUUGUGUGUGUGUGUGCGUGUGCGUGUGCGUGUGCGUGUGUGUGUGUGUGUGUGUGUAUGUUUUUUUUUUAAACAAAUCAUGAAGCUGAAAAACUUAGGAUUGUUGGUGCUUAGUAGACUUGAUAACUAUUUUAAAAAUGCGUGAAUUUAGUAAAAUACUUUUCCCUCACUAUGCAUGUGUAAAUGUUUGUAAUCUGGCUUCCCUCCUCCUCCACUGGUAUAAAGGAUUGUGCCGCUUUAAGCCCCCCCAAGAGUUUUGGUACCUUCUUUGAUGUUUACAUUAAAAUGUGACAUUAUACAUGGCAAUUCAGAUAUUUUGCUAACUUCUGUUUGAGGACCAUCUUGAAAGAGAUUUCCUAUUUGUUAAAAAUGUAUCAAAAUCCAUCAAAAUCUGGGUUUAGAAGCUACCCUUUUCAUGUCUUUUGAUUCUUUGAAAAUAACCCCCCACACACUAUACUUGCAUAAAAUUUAAGUAUCUGUCUUAACUA